AUGUCCGACGAGGAACUCGACCGCGAGUGGAAGCCCAAUGGGCGGCGCCCGCAAUCCGCGAUCGCCCAGAUGUUCUCGCAAGAGCUGAUGGACAUCUUCCGCAUCGACAACAGCGUCAAUGACCUGGAUGAGAAGGUGAAGCAGCGGAAGCAACAAAUCAACUCACAGACAUCCGAGCUUGAGGCUCUCGAGGCGCGCAUCCGCGAGAUGGAGAUGAGGCUGAAAGGGCAAAUCGGCCCCGACAACCCUGGCCAGUCCAGCACAGCGGGCGCUGCUCAAUCCAACAAUACAAGCGCACCUGCGCCUCCCGAGAAAGAUUACCCGGCCGACCAGAGCCGGGCACGGGAGCAGCAGCACAAGUACGCCGGCAGCCGCCCGGGCACGGCCAAGCAGAGUCAGCCCACCGUUCCGGGUGCGCUGCCGCCGACCCCCGCGGGAAGUGAAGGUGAAUCCAAGCCUUCCGUUACCUUACCAUUCAGACCCGCCCCCCGGCCGCCAGGAACCCAAGCAGAGUUACGAUCAAGCACCAGCCAUCCUAGCCGAACACAGCCGAAGACUGCGCCGGGGGGCGAUUCGGACUCUGUCAAGUCCAUGUCCGAGAGCGUGAGUGUUGCUGACUAUGUAAUUGUCCCCGCGCCAGACGGUGAUCGCGAGCGGGAUGCCUAA